UUUCCAACCCUUCCCUGCUGGGGCGAGUAGAGGUAAUGAUUAACAGCUCCGUGGGCUUGAUGGUCCUGCUGGAGGGACACUGCCGGGCUCAGAGCCUAAUCCAGCUGCGCGCAGAGCCAGAGCCGCCCCUCCUCCGCACUUGGCUCCGACCUCCGCAACAGUCCUUAAAACCAUCACCCUAGAUGCUGUGUGGACAGUAGAAUACUAGUCACAGUGCGGAUGCUGGGGAGCGAGUCAUGAGGCGGACGCAGAAAUCCAGGAGGGCGAUGAUGAAGGCCUGGCUCAGGGUGGCAGCACUGGAAAUAGAAGCUUUUGAGGUUCUGAUAUAUAUUGGAGGGUAUCCUCAGAUGACCACAAAGAGGGGGAAACAAGGACGAUGAUGGCUCACCAGUGUUCUUCAUGGAUCUUCGUUAAUGAGAGGACAUUUAUUACCAGAGAACAACUCAAUUCUUUAUUGAAGACCUAUAACAUUUUUUAUGGGACCCAGAAAAAUCUGCAUAUUGUAUAUGGACAGACUAAAGAUGGAGAACCAAUCGUUGAAGGAAUGUUGGACAUUUCCUGGGGAGUAAAACGUCCUAUACAACUGAAAAUCCAAGAUGAGAAGCAAAUCCCUUCUUUUACUAAAGUGAAGUCGCCCGAUGUCUUUUCCGGAAGGGGAAUGACACGCUGGGGGGAAUUUGAUGAUCUUUACCACAUUAGUCAUCUGGACAGGACCCAGAUUCCAGCAUCUGAAGCAACAAAUUCCCAAGAAGAUUAUUUAUCUUAUCACAGUAGCACUCUGAAGCCUUACGCAGGAGAAGAGCCAGAAUCCCCGUUGCUCUAUCGAACCAUGAGUGAAGCUACGCUGGUGAGAAAAAGGAUGAAGCCUCCAGCGAUGGACGGAAAAGAGAGACAGAAGCACAGGGUCUCCAUUAACGGGCACUUCUACAACCAUGAAACAUCGAUUUUCACUCCAGCCUUUGGAUCAGAAACUAAGGUCAGAAUAAACAGUAAUAUGAGGACUGAAGAUGUAAUACAGCAACUUCUCCAAAAAUUUAAGAUUGAAAAUAGUGCCCAAGAUUUCGCACUUUACAUUGUUUUUGCAACAGGAGAGCGGAGACGGCUAAAGAAAACAGAUGUCCCGCUACUGCACAGGCUCCUGCAGGGACCUUCCAAAGAGAAUGCUCGCAUUUUCCUCAUGGAUAAAGAUACAGAAGAAAUUAGCAGUGAAGUGGCUCAGUACAUUAACUUUCAUUUUUCUCUCCUGGAAUCCAUCCUUCAAAGACUAAAUGAAGAAGAGAAGAGAGCUAUCCAAAGAACAAUAACCAAAUUCAGUACAGAAAAGGCUGCUAUACUGAAAUGUCUUCAAAGUAAACGGGUAGUAAAAACGGAGACAACGGUUUAGCAGUACAAGCUGCAAUUGCCGAAACACUUCAGCUGAAUCAGGGGGAUAUUACUAUUUGAUGAAUGCAUACAUUCGACCCUUGCAUUCAUUCAAAUACAUAUGAACUUGGAUCUGUAGGAAAUUGAAUGUCGAAAAAGCUUGUCUCCCUUUGAAGCGAUGAGGUUAAUGAGGGUUCACAGUUGCACUGAAAGGGUCUUGAAUUUAGUUUCAGUAACUGAAACAGGCUUGGAUACUGUGUAUUCCAAAUACUUUAAUAGUAAAACACACCAAUGAACUCAAAUCUAAAUGGUGUUUUCAGAUGUCAUGUCACUUGAACUUCUUUUAGCUCAAAGUAUUGAGAGAACUCGAGCCUCAUCACCGGAUUCUCAGAAAUGAUUCAGAAGUAUAAGUUACCAGCUCUCGAAACACAAAAGGAGCACAUUUUCACCCAAUCAAGGAAUUGGAGGGAGACAGUGUUUCGCAGCUCCCUGAAAACUCGAGCAUCUUUACAAAAUCCAGGACUGUCUUUAUAUGGUCAGUGGCUUUGGCUAUUGGUAACAUCAGAGCUAUCUGUCCUUUGGGAUGGAAACAAUUAUGGGCCCUGUUAAAUCCAAAUUGCAAUUUUCUCAACCUGAGCCCUUUUAGUCCCCGCUCUGUUCUAUUCAUAACUUUCCAAAGUAUUCUUGAGCAUUUUUAAAGUCAGUUGAAUUAGUUUUCUUUAUUUUUCCAAACAAGUUUACCACAGAGACUUAAUAUAUCUAAUCUGCUAGAACAAGAUUUGGCCCACAGUAACCAUUUGUUGCCGAAUGAAAAGAUCAGAUAAUGCAAAAUUUGUAGCGGAAGGUAGGGCGAGGAAUCUGGAGCUCUCUUCUUUUCCUUCAAGACAACUCAUUCCAGGAGGUAACUCUCAAGGUACCUCAAAGUCUGCUAAAACCAAUUUGAAAACAAACACAGAGAAUGCCACAAGUAUCCUCUAUGAUUUUAUUUAUGAACUCUAUAUUAGAAUGGAGUUUUAUGCAACACUGUUCCGUUCUCCAAACUAUGCCCAUUUGCAUUCCUCUUAAGCAUUAUAUUAAACUGUUUGGGUACAUUACAUGUAGUAAGGGAGAAGGGUUGUCUGUAGUAAGCUGAAGUUGCAAGAUUAAUUAUCAAAAUUAAAAUGCGACACCUUUUUAAGACAAAGUGUCACCAAAACCGAAACCUAAGCCAGAUGAAAGCAAAAGUGUGCUAUGACCUUUAAGUUCCAGGAAAUCUUUUCUUGAAGAAAACAGAGGCUAGCGUCAUUAUCUUUCCAUCUCUCAGUUCCUAAGAAAAUGGUCUCAUCAUGCCAAAAUGGGGCAAAUGAAGAUGUUAACAUUCGGUAUACUUUUAAGUCGUGUAAAGUACCUGCCAUCAAGGACAGAAGAUUAAUCAUUAAUAUAUUGAAGGUCUACAAGAUGUGUAAGAAAAAUACCAAGACGUGGGUGGAAAGGAAGGAAGAGAAAGAGAAAGAAAGAAAGAAAAGCCACAUAAAAAGUAAAAUCACAGGAGAGGAAACACACAUAGCUACUCCGUGUGUGUGAGGGUGAGGGAUCUUAGUGGUGAUGCUCUGUGUCCAAUAAGGAGGCAGAAACAGUUACUGAAGCAGGAGAAGUUUAAUAUAAAGAAUCAAGCUGUGAUGAUAGAAAGAAAGACACCUCCAAAGUGUCCCCUAAGGCUGAGGAAGAGGACCCCAAAAAGGGAAAGUUUGGAAUCAGGGCUCGGGAAUUCGCCCGAGAGGCUGUGGUUGCGGCCCGUGGGAGAGGGAAGUUUGCUGCCCGCCAGCGCCAAGGUCGUCGUAGGACAAACAGCCCUCGGGGAGCGGAGCAGCUGGGUAAGUGGGCAGCUGUGCAGAGGGCCUUAGGGAUUCUCUGUGAUCGCACAGUGUCUGCGUCUGGAGGUCUGCGGGAAGUUUGGGGGCACAGAGAAUCGGGGGCCCGGUUGCCGGUGUGCCUGGACCGGGAGCUAGAGGGGCUUCCUGCGUAGGAACCAGGGCCACGCUGCGGGCCAUGUGGGCGGCGGUGCCUUCGAAGCCCUGGGACCGAGGCUGGGCACGUGGCUUCCGAGAUGGCCACCCGGGGCGGAGGGUGCGACGGUGCGACAGGGCGGGGCGGGGUGUCCCCGUGCGCAGGCGUGACUGAGGAGGGCGCAGAGAGCAGCCACCGCUGGAGGCCGGGACCAGCGCUCUGCUCCAGGCCGUGCCACCGCAAACCAAAGCAAAGGUGGGAGAAGGGGCUGGGGACACAAAUGGGAAAGAAAGCUGCACCCUACAGGCGAUGAGCCCCGCAGAAGGCCUCAGGGCAAAGCCGUGGACAAAGAAGCGCAGCUCCCCGAAGCCUGGCCAGGCCGCCCCUGGCGUCGGGGAAGCCCAGACGCCCUCCCGCGGCGUUUCUCCGGCGCCCUCUACGGACAAAGCACGACAUCGUGCCAAAUGCAAAAGAAACCCACUGCAAGGUCCAUAACCGUUUUCACAGAACCAACAGUGAACGAAUUGGGAGCCCAGAGUCAAAUAACAAAGAUGUCAACAAAAUACCAAGUUUAAAAAAAGCAAAACGCACUUUUUGAUCUAUUCGCAAAGAUUAAGAAAUGAUAUUAAAUACUGAACAAAUGACACUCAGACCCCUGGUAGAAAUACAGAUGGAUGUAACUUUUCUUGAAAGCAAUUUGGUGGUAAAUUCAUCUUAUAAUUCAACUUAUAGAAUCUUAUAGUGAAAUAACCAGGCAUAGAAAGACAUUAUGCAAAGAUACUUAUUAUAUUGGUUUUGUGGUAAAAGGAACUAAACAGCCUAAAUGAUCAAAAAUAGAAAGCAAAUGAUUAGAGAAGGAAAAAAAAAUUUACCCAUAGAAUGGUAUGCAGCUAUUAGAAUUAUGUUUCCAAAUAAACUUUAUAGAAGAAAAUUCUUCUUACAUAUCUAGCUAAGGAUAUACAUACAAAUAUUCAAAAUAUCUUAUCCGUAAAAUAGGUUUCUGUGUGUGCGCACACUAAUAUUUGAAUCCACACAAACCAAAAACACAUUAAAUGUGGCUAUAUCUGCGUUAAAGAAUUUUGGGUGAAUCGUUUCUUAUUUUUCCAUGCUUAUUAUUUUAUAAUAAACACUUUCCAAAUUAGGAAUAGAGAAACUAUGAUUAAAAAGUUACCAACCAGAGGUGCCUGAGUGGCUCA